UGGGUUCCAAGGGAGAAGAGGCCAGAUCCUCCUAUAUUGGGCCUUGAUGUGUGGGGAAGAAGGUUCUCAAAUCCUGUUGGUCUUGCUGCUGGUUUUGACAAGAAUGCUGAGGCUGUUGAAGGAUUGCUUGGAUUAGGUUUUGGCUUUGUUGAGGUUGGCUCAGUAACUCCCAUUCCACAGGAAGGCAACCCAAAACCACGUAUAUUUAGGUUGCCAAAUGAAGGUGCUAUAAUAAAUAGGUGUGGCUUCAAUAGUGAAGGAAUCGUUGUGGUUGCCAAACGAUUGGGUGCUCAGCAUGGUAAGAGAAAGUUGGAAACAUCUAGUACUUCAUCUCCAGCUGGAGAUGAAGUCAAGCAUGGAGGGAAAGCUGGUCCUGGUAUUCUUGGUGUUAACCUUGGAAAGAAUAAAACAAGUGAAGACGCUGCAGCAGAUUAUGUGCAAGGAGUCCAUACAUUAUCUCAGUAUGCUGACUACUUGGUAAUUAAUAUCUCAUCCCCAAAUACUCCAGGACUACGCCAGCUUCAGGGAAGAAAGCAGUUGAAGGAUCUUGUGAAGAAGGUUCAAGCAGCUCGUGAUGAAAUGCAGUGGGGUGAGGAAGGACCUCCGCCUUUACUUGUGAAAAUUGCUCCAGAUUUGUCUAAACAAGAUCUUGAAGAUAUUGCAGUGGUGGCUGUUGCUCUUCGUGUGGAUGGACUGAUUAUAUCAAAUACUACUGUCCAAAGACCAGAUUCCAUAAGUCAAAACCCUGUGGCUCAAGAGGCUGGUGGCUUGAGUGGGAAGCCACUCUUUGACAUGUCAACAAAUAUACUGAAGGAGAUGUACGUUCUGACUAAGGGAAGGAUUCCUCUGAUUGGCACUGGGGGUAUUAGCAGUGGCGAGGAUGCUUACAAGAAAAUUCGAGCUGGUGCCACUCUUGUUCAGCUUUAUACAGCAUUUGCAUAUGGAGGCCCUGCACUUAUCCCCGAUAUAAAGGAUGAACUUGCUCGUUGCUUAGAAAAGGAUGGUUAUAAGUCAAUCAGUGAGGCUGUUGGAGCAGACUGCAGAUAGUAGUAGUUGAUAUACUAAACCAGUCUUUUGAGUUUGAGGGGCAGAGCACAUUUUUGCCACUUAUAAUAAAUGAUAUAUUUAUGGUUUCCUCCCAUGUGGCGUCAUAUCAUUUGCUUCGUAAUUUGUGAUGUCUUCCCAAAUUUUAGCUGUUUAGGGAUUACUCGUGGCAGGUGACCCGUAUUUUUGAAAUGUAAUAUAGGAACGAAACUUUGUAUGUUUGGUUGAGUUUUUUCUUGAUAUGGAAUUAAAUCCACACAAUACAAAGUGAAAGGAAAUGGUCAAUUCUUGCUCAUA